GACCGGAAGUCCUCCAGCCCCCGCCUGCCUCCAGGCUCCCUUUGGUCCCACUCCUCAGCUCCGUGCGCAAGGUCGUGUCCCGGAAGUGAAGGGGCCAUGUUGGUGGGUGACCCCAGGAGAGAUACCGGGCGAGAGGCGAAUCCCGAGGAGUGGAAGCGUGCGCGGUCCGCAGCCUGACGCCCAGCCCCUGUCAGUCCCCCAUGGCCCCAUGGAGCCGAGAGGCGGUGCUGAGUCUCUACCGGGCUCUGCUGCGCCAAGGCCGAGAGCUUCGCUACACUGAUCGAGACUUCUACUUUGCCUCCAUCCGCCGUGAGUUCCGGAAAAAUCAGAAGCUAGAGGAUCCUGAGGCCCGGGAGAGGCAGCUGGAAAAGGGCCUGGUAUUCCUCCACAGCAAACUGGGAGGGAUUAUUUAGAAUCCUCUCCUUUCCCCUCCCAUCCUAAUUCCAAGGGAAAGAGGACAAAAGUGCCUUCCAUAGACACGCCUGCCUCUCUCCCACCGCCACCUCACAGAUGCGGUGAGCAAUGGCAGGCGCUGGUGAGCGCAAAAGCAAGAAGGAUGAUAAUGGCAUCGGGACGGCCAUUGAUUUUGUGCUCUCCAAUGCCCGGCUGGUGCUGGGGGUGGGUGGAGCAGCCAUGCUGGGCAUUGC